CGAAAACAUUUUCUAUAGAGAAAAAAAAACAUCUCUAUUAGCCGCAGCUGCGUCACACACAUGUGUUGAAAAAAAAAUAAAAUAAAAGCUACCCAUUACAAACUUCAACAACGGUGAAUGAGUGAUUUGAGUGAAGCAAACAACGUCAGUUGAGCACCAGUCGCUCUUUCUUUGACACUUCUCUGUCAAUACUGCCAAUUCUAAACCAGAAUUCAUUUUUGGAAUAACACAAAUGCUGGCCAGCACAUUCCAUCAUCAAAAUGACCGGAACGAUUCAGGAAAACUUGCGACAGGAUUAGGAGAUUUAUACAACGAAACACCCGUCAAAUCAAAACGAAGUUACAAUACUGUCAAAAAAUUAUCAAAAUCACAAGCCACACAAUUAUGUCUAGUUUGCGGUGAUUUAGCUUCAGGUUUUCAUUACGGCGUUCUCUCUUGCGAAGGAUGCAAAGGAUUCUUUCGGCGGAGUAUAGUGAAGAAAGAAGUUUACCAGUGCAAAUACGAUAGCAGUUGCGACAUUGACAUGUACAUGAGGCGCAAGUGCCAACAAUGCCGGUUGAAAAAGUGCCUGACGGUUGGCAUGCGCUCGGAAGGAAAAGUCUCGACGACGGUGAGUGUCGUCAUGAAAUCGGCCAGGGGAAAAGAAACGACCAAACAAAUCAGCGCCGAUGUCGAGAAUUUAAUCAACCGACUGAUUUACUACCAGGCGGAAUUUGAAGUACCCUCUGAAGACGACAUGAAAAAGAUUUCGAUGCCAGGAAUGUACGAAUCGGAAGCCGAAUUUCAAUUCAAACACAUGACCGAGAUGACGAUCCUGACGGUGAAAUUGACGGUGGAUUUUUCCAAACGAUUGCCCGGCUUCGAUUCGUUACUCCGCCAGGAUCAAAUCACGCUACUCAAAGCCUGUUCGAGCGAGGUGAUGAUGUUGCGUUGCGCCCGACGCUACGAUCCCAAAACGGAUUCGAUCCUCUUCGCCAACAACUCGUCGUACACUCGAGAAACGUACCGCAUUGCCGGACUCGGCGACACGGUUGAUUCGAUUUUCCGCUUUGGCAAAACACUUUGCCAAAUGAAAAUCGACAAUGCAGAGUACGCACUUCUCACGGCCAUUGAUAUUUUCUCGGAAAGAUCUGGAUUGGUGGAGGCUCGAAAAGUGGAAAACAUUCAAAAUAUUUACGUUGAAGCACUGCAAGAUUACGUGGUGAAUCAACGAACGUAUCGCCCAAUGAACCAUUUAGCUAAGCUCCUAUCGAUCCUAAUUGAGUUGCGCACGCUCAGCAACCUUAACUCUCAAAUGUGCAACUCGUUGAAGCUCAAAAACAAGAAACUGCCACCUAUUCUAGUCGAAAUAUGGGAUGUCUAAUUUUAAGGUGAAAAAGAAAUUAAUUUAAUUAAAAAACAAUAUGGGAAUACACUAAUUAAAUAACGCACAAGAGAAAAUCGCUUGCAAGUUUGGAAUGGCGACGUAGUGGAGAGAGCGAGGGCAACAACCGAUGUUCAGAAUAUAAAUCAAAUUGCGUAUUGUAAUCGUGAUUAAGCAGUUUUACUACAGAGCUCAAUGAAACCCAUACAAGUCAAUAACAUGUGCGUAUCAUAACUAUUUUAAACAGAUGAGUGAUGAACUGAUUAAGUCCAAAUCAAAUAUUGUUUAGGAACACGCAAAUUGUCAACAUACAGUAUGACCACAAGCUGUUGACAGAUAGAGGUUUAAUGUUCAACUAGGUUUCUAUGUACUUAGUAGGCCCUACAUGCAAAAACCCUUGAUAAAGACAUAAUGAUGUUCUUCCCAGGCUAAGAUAACAAGGUUUCAAUAUUUUGAAAUCACAUCAACAACCGAAUAGUUACCAAACGAAUUAAUUUUCUCAGAAAUAGAAAUAGCCUCUGAGAAUAGCUAUUGUGCCGCAAAAUGAACCUCAUCGCUGUUUGCGAGAAGCGCAUGACGAAUUGUAUAUGAAAAAGCCGAACCGAUUGAACGCAAAAUGAAAAGAGAACUUUCCCAAGCAUUACGCAUUGAAUUAAUAAAAUUGGUAAUGACAAAACAAUGGGAAAUCAGUAACAUACAUACAGUCAUAGGAACCGAAUCCAUAAUUCGGUUAAAAAUUGUGAUAGUUAAGUGUUGCUGAACCCAAGAUUCAUUGCCAUGACAGCCUGAACAUCGUCUGCUUGUUGAAGUGUUUUGAAUUUUGUGCUUUUGCUUAUUUCUUUUAAAUCGAAAAAACAAAAAUACAAAAUAAAAGUCUACGAAAACCAUUUAAGUAUCUGUGAAAAUGCUCAAUCUUUUUUUAAAGAAAAACAAACUGUUUCAUCUCAACAAAUGUUAUCAUCAAUUUUCUAGUUCUUCAUUAAUCAAAGGCAUUU